UGGGUGGCCCCUGGGGGAGUCUGGUGGUAUUGCUUCAACGCCUAGCUGCUACUUUAGCAACCAGCAGCAACCACAACAGCAUGGAGUUAGCUCUCUUAGCUGUGAGACACCAUGUAAAUGAUGCCAUACUGCAUGCGCAGCUGCAUGGGCCACGCAUCACAGCCACAGUAGAGAAAGUGUGCGGCAGCCAGGCAGCUGGUCCUGUGAUGAUGGGCCCACAGUCAACUACCGUGCACACUACAACAUCAGCAAACUUGGAGAGGUCGCCUGUGACUUCGCCCCCUUCAGUUGGUCCACCAGUUCAUCGGCGAUUGCGGCUGCAAUCCCGGAGGUCAUUCCCUCUUAAAGGUAGCAGAGGGGAGAAGAGUGGAAACCUGAAAAAAAUAUCAAGAGAGUUUGAGGGCUCUAUCCAGCGGUACCAGUGGUUUUUCACCGAGUUGCCAGAGAUGCUUUGUGAAAGUGAGAUGGAAGUGGAGCAGCACACAUGCUGGAGCGGCCAAGAUGUCGUAGAGAGUUAUGCAGGUCGUGUGGUUGGCAACACUUUAAAAGCCCAGAGGGAGAAUCCCGAGCUGACUGUGCGCAAUACGGAUCCUGUCCUGAAGGGCGCAAAACAGAGGCUGGAACAGCUGACACAGGAGCUAUUGGUGGAGCUGGGCUGGGCGAGCAAAGUGAGAGGAAGGGUUGAGGAAGAGGAGGGAGGGAGCGCCCACACGGAGGGAGGCAGCGGAGACGACUGUGAUGAUGAAGAUGGCUGUGAAGCAUCUGGGGACGAGCCAGGUGAUGCACCCAGCGGUCGUAGUCCAGUAGGAAAGGACAGGACCCCACCUCGUCGUCGCCCAGUCCUGCCUCAUCUCCUUCCACCUACACAGGUGCCUGUUAAAGGCGCUGCCCACACGAUGACUUUUGAGCCUUUGACCCUGCUCUCUCUGCUGCUCUUUCUGCUGUCACCAUGGGAACCACGCUGAUGAGGAGGAGAAAGAUUUGGGGCUGUACAGUGACAGGAAGUGUUGAAAGACUGUAUUUUUGUGUUACUUUCUGUAAGCACAGCUCAACCGAAAUGAUUGUUAUGUUGUUCUGGGUCACCUAGCUGUUGGUUUAACACAGCUACAGGUGCGCAGUAUGCAAUUUUUUGUAUUACCUGUACUUACCUCUACAUGUGUUCAUUUGUAUUUAACUUUUAUAGAAUAGACCACACAGCACUACUGACUUUUUUUUGAAGUGAUAUGUAAAUACAAAUAUAUAUAUUAUAUAUAUUUAUAUAAAGAAUUUCUAAAGAUAACAAAGGAUUGAGUGUAAAUUGAGGUUAUUCUAGAUCAGAGCAGGACAUUAAGGGAUGUUUGGUUUAGUAUUAUCUUUAAAAGAUGUACAGUAUCUUCCACAGACACUAAGACCUGUAGCAAGUAUAGUUCAUGCUGAGGACCUCCCUCAUUAGUGAAGCAGUGUGGUUGGAGGGAACGAAAACUUGUGAAGCCUCAUUAAUGAAGAAGAUACAGGCUGUAAAAGUCCAUCUAGGCACUUUCUUAAAAAAGCAAAACAACCAGCUAUACUUCAGACUAUUAAGAGAUGCUCUUGCAGUUUAGUGAAGAUGUUCACAGUUUGCUCAGUAAUUGUGCAAACUGAAGCUAGCUUAUAGGUUGUGGAGAAAUUUGUUAUGUUUCUUCUUCAGAUGCACAGUCUCCAAAACUGUAAAAGCACCGUACUAAUGAAUAUAACAGAUGUAAGUAAAACUUGAAAUUCACUUAUUCAACAGAAGGCUCUGUCAAAACAUAAGAAUAUAAAAAAGCACCCAGGAAAAGAGACAACCAUCUGCCUGAACAAUAAAUAAUGCGAUGUCUCAUUUUCAUAUGCAAACAUGAACUGUCAUGUGCUUUCAAAGGCUGGCUUCUCUUCCAAUGUGUAUUAAUUGAAUUUGCUUUCUCCUUCAGUGAGGUAACGUUUAAGACAUUUAACAGUACUGUAGGCUUGUCUUUACUGUUCAAGCUUUUUCUAAAUCUGAUUUUUGUGAUAUCAGAUUGUCUCCAGUGAGGGGAAAUGAUGGAAUACAGAGAUAGUGACCAGGGCACAGCUGAGCCGAGAUCCAUACGUGAUUUAAUUAAUAAUUCAUAUUACAAUUAUGACUGAAGAUUGCCGAACCAGUCCGCAUGCAUUUUGUGGAGUUUCCCUCUGAGUGUUAUGUGGGUGGUACUUCGGGAGUAUGGGGUGUCUGGCCUGUUGCUACGAGCCAUUCGAUCCUUAUACAACCAUUGCAAGAACUUGGUCCCCAUAGCCAGGAAUGAGUCGAACUUGUUGCCGAUGGUGUUGGACUCCACCAAAUUUCUAGAUGUAGCCAAGUGGGCCGUUUCAGAAUCUUGCCUCCGCUUUUUGCAGAGGAUGUGGUUCUGUUUGCUUCAUCAGCUGGUGGCCUCCUGCUUAAAAUGAGAAUAGUCCUCGGCUGUAAAAGGUUGAAGUGCCGACCCCAUGUCACGAGCGAGAGGAGAGGGGAGCGAGAGAUGGACAGAAACACUGGUGCUGCGGCUGCAGUGAUGCAGACGUUGUAUCUGUCCGUGGUGGUGACGAGAGAGCUGAGCGUCCCUACGUCCCUACCCUCAACCUAUGGUCAUGAACUUUGGGUAGUGACCAAAAGAACGAGAUUGCGGAUGAUGGCUGGCCUCUCCCUUAGAGAUAGGAGUUUGACCAGAAGGGGCUCAGGGUAGAGCACCUCCUGCUCAAAUGAUGAUCCACAUCGAAAGGAGCCAGUUGAGGUUGUUUGGGCAUCGGACAAGAAUACUUCCUGGAUGACGUGUUCCGGGCAUGUCCCACUGGAAGGAGGCCCCACGACAGACCCAGGACACGGUGGGGAGAUUAAAUCUCUUGGCUGGCCUGGGAACACGUUUGUGUUCCCUCACACAAGCUGGAGGAGGUGGCUGGGAAGAGGGAAGUCUGGGCUUCUCUGCUUAGGCUGCUGACCCUGUGACGACCCACCCCGGAUAAGCAGAAGCGGAUGGAUGGAUAUUACAAUUAUCAAAUCCUUUUGGCUCUCUGUUGAAUCUCAAAUAUGCACCCAACAGCUGGACAGCCAACUGGGAGAUUGGUUAAAGCUAUUCAAUAGGGUGCAAAUGAAUAAUUUAACAGACUUCUAAUCUAUUUAUGUCUGUGGAUGGUUGGCCUUGUUUGUCUCGGUUAUAUCACACUGUGCUGGUUACAUUAACUGCCUCAGAAAUAUACCCUCUUAAAAACCUCUUUUCUUGAGGUUUCACCUCGUAGAGAGCGAAUGAUUGAGGGUAGUAUUUGUCUUUUACUAAGUACAGUGAAAUUUUUUAAAAAUGUGUCUGCUUUCAUGGUCCGAGUCUUUUUAUUUAUGAGGGAGAGACAGAUGAUUGACAGCUUAAGAAAUACCAUUAUGAGCUUAAGUGUGUGAAAUAUCUGGGCAGUGAGCCCAAAACCUAUGUUAGACAGCAGGAUGCUUUUACAACAUAACCUUCAAACAAAUGUGCUAUCAUUUGAUUACUGUUUAAACGCUAUACCUAAAUGGGAUGAGUUUUUGGAUUCAGUCCAAACUCUACCAUCGUUCACAGCUCCUUCUGAGCCUACAACACACCGACUGAUAUACACGAGCACAGGACUUUUUUGGUUUUUCUGAAGCCUACCUUUGGCCAAUCACAUGCUUUGAAGGAGAUUUAAAAUUUAAAAAAAUGUCAUAUAUUGUUUAGGUUGUUAAAUUGUUAUUUUUUUCUCAUAAUAAGAACUCAGUUUUAUUAAUGGUUAUUCUGUCGAGAUAAUCUAUCGAGAUAAUCGGAAGAACUAAAUUAUUUAGGAACUGCAGAUCAAACAGAUUAAACUUAGUGUUCUCAACUUUGUGGUUUCUCACCUGCUGUAAAGUUGAGAUGAGAAAUUGACAUUGAGAAACCAAUAGCGAAAAAAUGAUGUCAUUAUGAAUCUGUGCGUGAUUUUGAGUAUAACACUUUGGUGCAUCAAAGUGCUAAGUAGCAUGUCAAAUCAUACUGGUGUACGGCGAAUAAACUUUGUCAUCGUUGGAUAAAAGUCAUUAUGUUUUCUUGAUCAAAGUUUAACAGCUCUCUUAGUUUAGGAAUCCUAAUUUUUGUUGUUAUUUAGCAGGAUGCAGAGGAACCAGAAUACAAUAAGAACAACCUGUUAGCUACAGCCGUGUAGCUCAAACCACUGAGCUAAUGUUAAUGCGCUAAUGCUAACAUCAGUGACUGAUGUGAAACUCACCACUGUAAUGUACUGUGUCCUGCUACUGUUGUGUCAUUAAUCACCAUCAGUUGGAUAUUUUUAAUAAUAA